GACAGCAGUGUGCUGCUUCAGUGGUGACACUGUUUCUCUCUCACCGUGUUGUUUCUGCUUCUCGUCACCUUCAGAUCACCUAACAGAUCGUCUGACGGGGUUUUUGUUGUUUUACUGGACAUUUUAUUGUCUUCUUCAGUUCUUCAGUGUUUCUACCUCCAGGAUGAAAACUCUGCUCAUGUCCUGAAAAACUUCAGUGAUUGUUUUGUUUUUCUGUCAAAGAUCCUGAAACAGUUUGAGUGACGGGUAAAGGGAGCUCAAGCAUCACCAUGAGCCGAGCCAGGACCUUGUCGCUGUUUUCCAACUAUCAGCUGCUUUUCUUGUUGACCAUCAUCUCAAUUGAACUUCCAUAUUCAGCAGCAGGAGGAUCUACUUUGACCCUCACAUCCAACAGCACACUCAGCAACAAUACCAAAUGUGGUGGGAGUACUGAAUGCGAAGUGGGUGUUAUCCUGCCAAUCUGGAAGCCAGACAAUCCGGCCUUCACCGACCGCCUCGCCAGAGCUACCAUUUACUUUGUGGGGUUGGCGUACAUGUUCCUGGGCGUUUCCAUCAUCGCUGACCGCUUCAUGUCAUCCAUCGAGGUCAUUACCUCGCAGGAGAGACAGAUCACCAUCAAGAAGCCGAACGGUGAGAAGAUCACCACGACGGUACGCAUCUGGAAUGAGACGGUGUCCAACUUGACCCUAAUGGCGCUGGGUUCCUCCGCUCCUGAGAUCCUCCUGUCAGUCGUGGAGGUUUGUGGUCAUAACUUCAAUGCUGGUCAGCUGGGCCCAAACACCAUCGUAGGAAGUGCUGCCUUCAACAUGUUCGUCAUCAUCGGCCUUUGUGUUUAUGUCAUCCCUGAUGGACAGACCAGAAAGGUGAAGCACCUCCGGGUGUUCUUCAUCACCGCCACCUGGAGCGUCUUUGCAUACACCUGGCUUUACCUGAUCCUGGCAGUCCUUUCUCCAGGGGUUGUUGAGAUAUGGGAGGGGCUCCUCACACUCUUCUUCUUCCCCAUUUGUGUUGGAUUAGCUUACGUGGCCGACCGAAGACUUCUUUUCUACAAAUACAUGUACAAGCGAUACCGAGCAGGAAAGCAGAAAGGAAUGAUCAUUGAGACUCAGGGAGAGCCGGAGCUUCCCUCGAAGGUUGACAUCGAAAUGGACGGCAAAAUGCACAACUCCCAUGGUGAGGAGUUCAUCGACGGAGAGACGGGUUUUGAUGUGAAGGAGCUGGAGGAGGAUGAGGCCCGCAGAGAGGUGGCCAGGAUCCUGAAGGAGCUGAAACAGAAACAUCCCGAGAAGGAGAUGGAGCAGCUGAUGGAGCUAGCCAAUUACCAAGUUUUAACCCAGCAGCAGAAGAGUCGUGCUUUCUAUCGCUGUCAGGCAACCAGGAUCAUGACAGGAGCCGGAAACAUCCUGAAGAAACAUGCUGCCGAUCAAGCCAAAAGAGCUGCACAGCAUGAUAUCUGCACCGAGGUUUCAGGGAACGAUUUUUCCUCCAAGCUUUUCUUCGACCCUGGCUCCUACCAGUGUCUGGAGAAUUGCGGCAGUGUAGCACUGAACGUGGUGCGUCGUGGUGGAGACCUAACGAGCACAGUCUCAGUGGAUUACCGGACUGAAGAUGGCACCGCAAACGCCGGCUCAGACUACCAGUUCACUGAAGGAACUAUUGUGUUCAAACCAGGUGAAACAGAAAAGGAAAUCCGUAUUGACAUCAUUGAUGAUGACAUCUUUGAGGAAGACGAGCAUUUCCUGGUUCACCUCAGCAAUGUGAAGGUCAUAUCAGAAGGCGCUGGCUCAGAUGAGGCUAACCACGUGGAUGCCCUCGCCGGUUUGGGUCUGCCAUGCACGGCCACUGUCACCAUCUUCGAUGAUGACCACGCAGGGAUCUUUACAUUCGAGGAGCCCGUGGUGACCGUGAGUGAGAGCAUCGGGAUGAUGGAGGUGAAGGUGAUCCGGACAUCAGGAGCUCGAGGUGUUGUGGUGCUGCCGUACAAAACCAUGCAGGGGACAGCUAAAGGAGGCGGCGAGGACUUUGAGGAUACGCAUGGAGUCCUGGAGUUUGAGAACGAUGAGAUCUUUAAAACUAUUCAGAUCAAUAUAAUCGAUGAUGAAGAAUACGAGAAAAACAAGAACUUCUUCCUAGAGAUUGGAGAGCCUCGGCUGCUGGAGAUGAGUGAGAGGAAAGCUCUGUUGCUUCAGGAAAUCGGUGGAUUCGUCAAAACAGGCAGAGACAUCUACAGGAAGGUCCAGGGACGAGACUACCCCGCCCCCUCUACCAUCAUCAACAUCACAGAGGAGGGGGGUGAGGAGGUUUUGACUAAGAAGGAGGAGGAGGAGAGGCGGAUCGCAGAGAUGGGCAGACCGAUGCUCGGUGAACACGUCAAACUGGAGGUCAUCAUAGAGGAGUCAUACGAGUUCAAGAGCACUGUGGAUAAACUCAUCAAGAAGACCAACCUGGCUGUGCUGAUCGGAACAAACAGCUGGAGGGAGCAGUUUGUGGAGGCCAUCACAGUCAGCUCUGGUGAUGAUGACGAUGACGAGUGCGGUGAGGAGAAGGUGCCCUCCUGCUUCGACUACGUCAUGCACUUCCUCACCGUCUUCUGGAAACUUCUGUUUGCCUUUGUUCCUCCCACCGACUACUGGAACGGCUGGGCCUGCUUCGUCGUCUCCAUCUCCGUCAUUGGCCUCCUGACGGCGGUGAUCGGUGACCUGGCGUCGCAUUUCGGCUGCACUGUCGGCCUCAAAGACUCCGUCACUGCUGUGGUGUUUGUAGCUUUGGGCACAUCUGUCCCAGACACCUUCGCCAGUAAGGUGGCUGCCAUCCAGGACCAAUACGCCGACGCCUCCAUUGGCAACGUGACAGGAAGUAAUGCCGUCAACGUCUUCCUGGGUAUUGGCGUGGCCUGGUCCAUUGCUGCCAUCUACCACUCCUCCAAGAACCAGCAAUUCAAGGUCGACCCGGGCACACUGGCCUUCUCCGUCACACUCUUCACCAUCUUCGCCUUCAUCUGCAUCGCUGUCCUCAUCUACCGUCGCCGGCCCGAGAUUGGCGGGGAGCUUGGCGGGCCCAGAAUCCCAAAGAUCCUCACCUCCUGCCUAUUCUUCAGCCUGUGGUUAAUGUACAUCGUCUUCUCCUCGCUGGAGGCCUACUGCCACAUACAGGGCUUCUAAAAGUUCUGCUCCUGAUGGAUCUAAACAGGUUCUUCAUGAACAAUUCUGAUGGAUUUCUAAAGGUUCCAACAGGUUCCUGCAUAUUGUGACAGGCUCCUGGCAUUUCAGGUUUCUAUACUUUCUGUUAUUUGUGUUAAGAAUUGGAUAGAUGUCUAAAGGUUGUACCAGGUUCCUGACAGUUGAUCUCUAAAGGUUCUAAUAGGUUCCUGCAUAUUCUGACAGGCUCCUGUCUAUUCAGGUUUCUAUACUUUUUGUUAUUUGUCUAAAGAUUCAGAUAGACGUCUAAGGUUGUAAGAGCUUUCUGACAGUUGAUUUCUAAAGGUUCUGAUGGACAUGUGUCAGUUUAAACAGGUGUCUGAAUAUUCUGACAGGUCUAUGACAUUUCUGAAGGCUUGGAUGUACUUCUGAUAUGUUUUUGAUAUGUUUUAUCAGACAUGUUUCUAAAACCUUUGAUGGAUAAAUAAAUAUUCUGAUGGACUGUAUAGUUCUGUUAGGUUUAUUUUUCAACACUUUGUGAUACAGUACAUUAAAUUGUGAGUAGUUUGUAAGGAACAAGCAAGGAACAAGUCAGGAGCAACCUGAUAAUUGAUUAAUCAUUCAUUUGUGGUUCCUGAGUAGAUCUGAAUUGAGGAGCAGAUAAUGAUGACUUACUAGAGAAAAGACUAUAUUAAUCAAUCAUUAGAUAAUGAUUAGUUCAUGAAUAUCUGAGUCGAUCAUAUACUUUCUUCAUGAGUCGUUCCUGAUUAACUUUGAAUCAGACGCUGAUCAGAACAAAACUAGUAAUGACUCAUCAAUUACUAAUUAUCUAACAGUACUAAUUAACAAUUGUCAAUUGAAUUAUCCUCAAUUCCUCACUCAUACCUGAGUAACUACUUAUAGUUUUGUGCACCGUAGCGCAAAGUGUUACAGGUUUAUUGAAGGAUCAUAACAACUUUGACGGGUCGCUAGAGUUUCUUAUGGAACCUGAAGACUGCUGAAACUUCUUGGCUCACUCUGGUGUCCAUAUUGGACUGUUCUCUGGCUACUGAGUGCUGGUGUCCUCUAUGGCAAUAGUAUCUUCAUCAAUACAUACCUCCAGAACAUCUGAACACAUUUACUUCUAUCAUAAAUCCUUAAACUGUACCUUAAAGCCAUUUUUAUUUAGAUGUGUUUGGACUUUGAACCACAACCAGAGUGGAGUCACAAACAGCCAUGGUGAUGAAGAAGACAGUUCAUGCUGUUGACCUCUGAAAAGCUGCAGGACUUUUGAUGUCAAGGGCGACUGCAGCCAGGGCGUUGCACCUAUAUGAAUAUCUGCACUGAAUAUAUUUGAAAUAAAUUUAAUUUUGAAAAAUAAAUUAAACAAAGACGUGAAGGAGGAUCCUGAGUUUGGUGUUUGUCGUUGCUGUACCACAAACUCUUUCAAACAGACGGACCUGAACUGCUACAGCAGUGGAAUCUAACAGUUUGAUAAAAAAUAACAGUGUGUGUGUUUGUGUGUGAGUGUAACCUCAGAGAUGGAUGAAAAAAUGGCUCCAGCUGGCAUCCAUUACUGAACACUGAGAAGCAGAGACAUCUGUCAUGAUUUCCUGUGUUGUGAUUGAUCAUUUGGAAACAGCAGGUCUCUGUAAAAUGGAUGCUUAUUGGAUGAUGUACACAAAAGAGCAGUUGCUUAUUAUCUGACUACAGAAUGCAGUGUCUUUCCUUCAAAUAUUAAACUACAGUGAGUGA